CGUCACGAGAUUCUAUGGUUAAACCAACAUGUCUGCGCCCAUGUAACGGUGUAAUCGCAACGUGAAGGAGGAUAUAUGCUUCGGAGUACCAUCUCUUUUUCGGAAAGCACCCGAUGGAGUGAUCUGUGUCUGACUCUGACUGCAGGUAGUCCGGGGUGAUUGUCACACUGGCAGCAUGUCAAAGAUCUCGAGAGCAGCAAAGACGGUGAAGAAAGUGGAGAUGGGGAACGUGAUCCGGAUGAUCGUACGGGCGGGGCAGGCAGCCCCCGGUCCCCCACUGGGCCCUGUGCUUGGACAGAGAGGAAUCCCCAUUGGUCAGUUCUGUAAGGACUUUAAUGAGAAAACCAAAGACAUAAAGGACGGGAUCCCACUCCCUACCGUCGUCAAUGUCAAGCCUGACAGGACGUAUGACAUAAAGAUUGGUCAGCCUACGGUAUCCUAUUUCCUGAAAGCAGCUGCCGGAAUUGAGAAGGGGGCCAAAAAAACAGGGCAUGAGGUAGCGGGCAUGGUGUCUAUAAGGACAGUGUAUGAGAUUGCCCGUGUCAAAGCCAAGGACGACUGCUUUGUGCUGCAGGAUGCCUCCAUGGAAACCGUGGUGAAGGGCAUCGUGGGCUCCGCCCGCUCUCUGGGCAUUAAAGUGGUCAAUGACCUGUCAGCCAAGGAGUACGGGGACUUUCUGAAGAUCAGAGAGGAGAAGCUACGACAGGAACAAGAGAUGGCAGCGGCAGAAGCCACACAAGCCAAGAAGAAGUGACGUCCCACGAAGGGAUGAGUCUUUCUGUGGCGACUCACUAAACAGGCGCACACUUAUAUUCUUGAGUGUUUGUGACCUAAUAAUGUAUUUUUCAUUCUGUUUCAUACUGUUUGUUAGAUUCUUGGUUUUGUUUAUUGUUUUGUUUCUGCUAAAAGUAUUUUGUUAGAUUGGAUGAAAGCAAAAAUACAGCUAUUAAAAUGAUGCUUAGGAUGACCUGG